AUGCAAAAUUUAAAAGCUUAUAAACAGAUCGAGCUUAAGUCUCACCGAAUGAUAGCUAUAGAAGAGUAUAAGCUUAACGAAUUAUAUACUACUAUACCGACGAAUACGGCAAGUCAAUAUGAUCUCACUCCGCUAGCGCAACUUUCGAGACGGACUUUAUACAAGGCGGACGACGAUGAUAAGAAUGAGCUAAUGAUCUCUCGCUUUCUUUCCCCCUUCCCCUUUUAUACCGUCCCCGCGGUCCCCGCCGUCCCCGCGGUCCCCGCGGUCCUCGCCGUCCUCGCCGUCCCCGCUGCUGCCUUGCCUCUUCCUCUUUCUCUCCUUCUUUCUGCUAUAGACUUAGCAGUAAAAGAGGUUAAGAAAGAGGUAAAGGAAGAUGAAGUGAUAGAAGAUAAAGUAAUAAAGGAUUUUAAGCCCGCAACAUUCGAAGACGAAGACGACGACGAUAUGAUUGAGCUAAUGAUAUCUCGCUCUCUUUCUCUUUUUCUUUUCGUCCUUCUCGCGCUAUCGAUUCUUAUUAGCGUCCCGGCUCUUAGCCUCGCCCCGGCUCUUAUAUUCUUCGCCGCCGCCAUGUUUGCGUCCCCGCCGGCCGUUAAUGAAAAGACCCCUUUUACUAAGGCUCAACUUGAACAAGCUUAA